AAAGAACGGACCAAAGCAUUUGAGAAAGAAUUCUUCCUUUAAAAAGUCAUAUUUUAGAUCUUUCAACUUUCACAUAAAAAUACUAACUAAAUGGGCACCGAGGCACAAGAUGAUCGUCGUAUAUGGGUUGGCAAUUUGGAUACUCGUCUCACCGAGUUUCAACUUCUUAAAAUUGUGCAAAAAUGCGGUCAAAUUGAAAAGUUCGAUAUGCUCUUCCAUAAGAAUGGCCCGCUUGUUGGCCAAUCUCGAGGAUAUGCCUUUGUAACAUUUAAAUCGGCUGACUCAAGUGUAAAAGCACUCCAUAAACUAAAUGGACAGUACAUUGGAAAGAAACCACUUGCAGUGCGAUUAGCCAAAAAUCUCAAUUAUGAUGAAUUAGAAAAGCCAAAACCACGAAUAGAAAUUCCCGCUUUAGGUACCCGCCCUGUGGAUUCGACAAUUAGCAAAGAAGACGCGAUACGUGCCAUCGAAGCUAAACUCAAUGUUUUGGAGAAGCGAACUCUAGAUGAAGAGAUCGAAAUGACUAAUAACUCAUCAACCUGCCAAACGCCCAUUAUUCAGAAAUACCAAUUCAAUAAGAAUAAUGAUGGUAGCAGCAGCACGCGAGGUGGUUUUGGCACACGAAUGCAGUUUGUCAAGCAUCGAGGAUCCUCUAGACCGUAUAACAGAAAUAGUCGCCCUAAACGGCGGUAAUGUUAAGAUAUUUUUUGCCUAGCUUUUCAAAUGACAUCAUUUUAGAAUCCUCUCUCUUGUGUUCAUCGCAUGUUUUGUUUUAAGUAAAAAAAAAAUUAUUUAAAAAAAAAUCUCCUCAGACGAAAUUAUUUUUGAAACAAAUAAAUUAUAUUCAUGUUUAGAUAA